UCUUGGAAGGGAUGGAGGAGGCAGAGGCCGACUGCGCCGUGGCGUUCGCCGAGGCCCAGAGAUGGGUGGAGGCAGUAACAGAGAAGAGUUUUGAAACAAAGGAUUUUCGAGCCUCUCUAGAGAAUGGUGUUCUGUUGUGUGAUUUGAUUAAUAAGCUUAAACCUGGUGUCAUUAAGAAGAUCAAUAGACUGUCCACACCAAUAGCAGGUUUGGAUAAUGUAAACGUUUUUUUGAAAGCUUGUGAACAGAUUGGAUUGAAAGAAGCCCAGCUUUUCCAUCCUGGGGAUCUACAGGAUUUAUCAAAUCGAGUCACUGUCAAGCAAGAAGAGACUGACAGGAGAGUGAAAAAUGUUUUGAUAACAUUGUACUGGUUGGGAAGAAAAGCACAAAGUAACCCCUACUAUAAUGGUCCCUAUCUUAAUUUGAAAGCAUUUGAGAAUCUUCUGGGACAAGCUCUGACUAAGGCACUUGAAGACUCCAGCUGCCUGAAAAGAAGUGGCAGGGACAGUGGUUACGGUGAUAUCUGGUGUACUGAACGUGGAGAAUUUCCUGCCGCUUCAGGCAAUUAUAAGAGAGAAGAUUCUUUUGAAAGCUUGGACUCUUUGGGGUCUAGGUCAUUCACAAGCUGCUCCUCUGAUAUCACGUUGAGAGGCGGACGUGAAGGUUGCGAAAGUGACACAGAUUCUGAAUUUAUAUUCAAAAUGCAGCAUUACAAUAAAGAUGAUAUGUCAUAUCGAAGGAUUUCAUCUAUUGAACCGAAGUCUGCUUUACCGUUCAAUCGUUUUUUACCCCACAAAAGUAGACAGCCAUCCUAUGUGCCGGCACCCUUGAGGAAGAAGAAACCAGACAAAAAUGAGGAUAACAGAAGAAGUUGGGCAAGCCCAACCUACUCAGAAGCAGAUGGAACAUUUCCAAGUAAUGAGAGGAGAACUUGGGGCACACAUGUGGAGAACUGGCCAACAGUACAAGAAACUUCAAACUCCUCUUGUUACUUGGAAGAGGCAGAAGACAAGACAAGCAUACCCAACACUGUAAAGGAUGAUCUUUAUGUGCGAAAGCUAAGUCCAGUCGUGCCAAACCCAGGGAAUGCUUUUGAUCAGUUUCUUCCUAAAUGUUGGAUCCCAGAAGAUGUGAACUGGAAAAGAAUAAAGAGGGAAACUUAUAAACCGUGGUAUAAAGAAUUUCAGGGAUUCAGUCAGUUUUUAUUACUUCAGGCCCUCCAAACAUACUCUGAUGACAUCUUGUCUUCUGAAACAAAUAUCAAAAUUGAUCCCACUGCUGGCCCAAGGCUCAUAACACGCAGAAAGAAUCUCUCUUACGCACCAGGGUAUGGAAGAGAUGACCUCGAGAUGUCAGCCCUGGAUCCUGACUUAGAGAAUGAUGAUUUCUUUGUCAGAAGGACUGGGGCUUUCCACGCAAAUCCAUGUGUUCUCCGGGCUUUUGAAGACUUUAGGUUUUCUGAGCAAGAUGAUCCUGUAGAACGAGAUAUAAUUCUGCAAUGCAGAGAAGGUGAACUUGUACUUCCAGAUCUAGAAAAAGAUGAUAUGAUUGUUCGCCGAAUUCCAGCGCAGAAGAAAGAGGUGCCACUAUCAGGGGCCCCAGAUAGAUACCAACCAAUCCCUUUCCCUGAACCGUGGACUCUUCCUCCAGAAAUCCAAGCAAAAUUUCUCUGUGUACUUGAAAGGACAUGCCCACCUAAAGAAAAAAGUAAUAGUUGUAGAGUAUUAGUUCCUUCGUAUCGGCAGAAGAAAGAUGACAUGUUGACUCGUAAGAUCCAAUCUUGGAAGCUGGGAACUACAGUGCCUCCUAUCAGUUUCACUCCUGGUCCUUGCAGUGAGGCGGACUUACAGAAGUGGAAGGCCAUCCGGGAGGCCAGCAGGCUUAGGCAUAAGAAGCGGCUGAUGGUUGAGAGACUCUUUCAAAAGAUUUAUGGUGAGAAUGGGAGUAAAUCCAUGAGUGAUGUCAGCGCAGAGGAUGUUCAGCAGUUGCGUCAGCUGCGUUACGAGGAGAUGCAGAAAAUAAAAUCACAAUUAAAAGAACAAGAUCAGAAGUGGCAGGAUGACCUUGCAAAAUGGAAAGAUCGUCGAAAAAGCUACACUUCAGAUCUGCAGAAGAAAAAAGAAGAGAGGGAAGAAAUUGAAAAGCAGGCCCUUGAGAAGUCUGAGAGAGGCUCUAAGACAUUUAACGAAAUGAUGCAGGACAGGGAGUCCCGAAACCAAAUGUCUACGAUUACAUUGAGGAGGAGGAUAUAUUCUGAUGAUGAUAUAUUGAAUGAAGAAAAACUUCCCUCUACAUUGGCUAUGUCAGAAAUGAGUUACCAGAGUCAAAGAGAAGAAGAGAAGGGAACGACUUAUCCUACAGAAAUUCCUAAACAAGAUUCUACAACUUCUGCAAAAAGAGAGGAGACCAUAACAGCUGAAACUCAGCUUCCGUCUAAAAGCUCUUUGGAAGAACAAGGCCCAGCCUCUUUGUCUUCUCUGCGUUCACUGAGUACACAGAUGGAGAUGACUCGAGUUUCAGCUUCUCUCCCUAGAAGUUACCAGAGAGCUGAUACAGCCAGGUUAACAUCUGUGGUUGCACCGAGACCUUUUGGCUCGCAGUCAAGGGGAAUCUCAUCCCUCCCAAGAUCCUACACGAUGGAUGAUGCUUGGAAGUACAAUGGAGAUGUAGAAGGCGUUAGGAGAACUCAAAUCAGUUUGGUCAGCACCUCUGCACAAAAACCCACCACAAGCCAGACUGCUUCCAGCUGGUCCAGCGAGAGAGAGACAGCAGUAGCGGGAGAAGCUGUGAUGAGGUCGCCCUCUCCUAUACCCUCCUUCUCAUCUCUUUCCCAGGACCAGGCCGCCACUUCGAAAGCCACAUUGUCUUCAACAUGUGUCCCUGAUUUAAUGUCUGAGCCUGGAGAAGGGAGAAGCUCUCCAGAGACAGAGGUUUCAGGAUCACAGGAUCAGUUCAGCGAUAUGAGAAUCAGCAUAAACCAGACGCCUGGGAAUGGCCUUGACUUUGGGUUUACAGUAAAAUGGGAUGUUUCCGGGAUCUUCGUAGCAUCAGUUGAAGCAGGUAGCGCUGCAGAAUUUUGUCAGCUACAGGUAGAUGAUGAAAUUAUUGCUAUUAACAACACCAAGUUUUCAUAUAAGGACACAAAAGAGUGGGAGGAAACCAUGGCUAAUGCUCAAGAAACUGGAAACCUAGUAAUGGAUAUCAGGCGUUAUGGAAAGUCUGGUUCACCUGAAACAAAGUGGAUUGAUGCAACUUCUGGAAUUUACAACUCAGACAAAUCUUCAAAUCUAUCAGUAAUGACUGAUUUCUCAGAAAGCCUUCGGAAUUCGAAUACUGAAUCCAAGGAAAUCAAUGGAAUUCAUGACGAAAGCAAUACUUUUGAAUCAAAAGCAUCUGAACCUAUUUCUUUGAAAAACUUAAAAAGGCGAUCACAAUUUUUUGAACAAGGAAGCUCGGAUUCUGUGGUUCCUGAUCUUCCAGUUCCUCCCAUCAGUGCCCCAAGUCGCUGGGCAUGGGAUCAAGAGGAAGAGCGAAAGAGGCAGGAGAGGUGGCAGAAGGAGCAGGACCGGCUGCUGCAGGAAAAAUACCAACGUGAGCAGGAGAAACUAAGGGAAGAGUGGCAAAGGGCCAAGCAGGAGGCAGAGAGAGAGAAUUCCAAGUACUUGAAUGAGGAACUGAUGGUCCUAAACUCAAACAGCAUUUCUCUGACCACACGGGAGCCUGCUCUUGCCACCUGGGAAGCCACCUGGGGUGAAGGGUCCGAGUCUUCCAACAGAGAAGGAACCCGGGCAGGAGAAGAGGAGAGGAGACAGCAGCGAGAGGAAAGUGAGAAUGAGGGCCAAAGAAAGAAGCUGCAGGAGCAACUCACUCUUGAGAGAGAGAGGAAACUGAAGGAGCAGCAGCGCCAGGCAGAGGCUGAGGAGCAGAAGCGGCGCCAGGCAGAGGCUGAGGAGCAGAAGCGGCGCCAGGCAGAGGCUGAGGAGCAGAGGCGCCAGGCAGAGGCUGAGGAGCAGAGGCGCCAGGCAGAGGCUGAGGAGCAGAGGCGCCAGGCAGAGGCUGCGGAGCAGAGGCGCCAGGCAGAGGAGCAGAGGCGCCAGGCGGAGAGGGAAACCUCAGUCAGAAUAUACCAGUAUAGAAGGCCUGUUGAUUCCUAUGAUGUACCAAAGAGAGAGGAAGAAUCUUCAGGUUUGCUUUCUAGUGACAGGAAUAAAUCCAAAUCCACUACUGAACUGGAUGGUUACUCCAUAAAUAAAAAUGGAAGCAAUAAAUAUGUAGACAGAAUUGGGAGCACCAGCUCAUCACAGAAGAGCUCCAAAAAGGAGCAAGUCCCCUCAGGAGCCGAGUUGGAGAGACAACAAAUCCUUCAGGAAAUGAGGAAGAGGACGUCCCUCCAUGAUGACAACAGCUGGAUCCGACAACGCAGCUCGAGUGUAAACAAAGAGCCCGUUUGUCUGCCUGGUCUUAUGAGAAGGGGUGAAUCUCUAGAUAACCUGGAUUCUCCAAGAUCCGGUUAUUGGAGACAGUCCACUUGGCUCAAUCAGCCUGCAGGAGUCUAUGCUUCUUCCUCUGUUCAAGACUUCAGUCGCCCACCACCUCAGCUGGUGUCCACAUCAAACCGUGCCUACAUGCGAAAUCCAUCCUCCAGCAUACCCCCUCCUUCAGCUGGGUCUGUGAAGACCACUGCACCUUCCCCUACACCGCGCAGCCAUUCUCCUUCAGCUGCACAGUCAGGCUCCCAGCUACGCAACAGGUCAGUCAGUGGGAAGCGUGUGUGCUCCUACUGUAAUAACAUUCUGGGCAAAGGAGCCGCCAUGAUCAUCGAGUCCCUGGGUCUUUGUUAUCAUUUACAUUGUUUUAAGUGUGUGGCCUGUGGGUGUGAACUCGGAGGCUCUUCCUCAGGAGCCGAAGUCAGAAUCCGAAACAGCCAGCUCUACUGCAAUGACUGCUAUCUCAGAUUCAAAUCUGGACGGCCAACCGCCAUGUGAUGUAAGCCUGCAAACGAAAGCACUGUUGCAGAUAGAAGAAGAGGUGGUUGCUGCUGAUGU